AUACAUCACAAGCCAUCAACUAUACAUACAUACACGCAAAAGUUGAUUCAAUUUAUGUAAUUUAAAUCUCCCAUCAUGGAGAUAUUUUUAUGCACUUUGUUCAUUAUACUGAUUGCACUUGAUGCAAAGGAUCCCAUGUGUAUCUUUUUGUUCCAGAGGGGCUUUACUGGUUUUCAUGUAAUGCCAGGACAGACAAACAGUUUAAAAUGUGACCAGCAGGUGUCAUAACUACAUUGCUCAUAGAUCACUGUGAAGCAAGGUUUCCCUCAGCCGUUUAUUAAACAGGAUGUCAUGCUUCAGUGAGAAAGCUGUUACCCAAAGUACAGGAAAAUGCAUAUUUAUAGAUCUAGGUGUCCUUCGAUCCAAAAUCCUGUUCAGUAGUGUUGAGGAGUAUUAGUGGUGGAGAAACUUCUGGGCCUUCACUAAAGCCACAGCUGCUUAUUAGUUUUUUCCUAAUGUCAUCAUGUCCUGUUGGCUGACUGUAGUUUGCCCGUAUCAUCUGUCUGCGUCUUCUCUCAGCCUCCCUGUCCUCAUCCCUGUGAAGGACCACCGGUGGCAUCAAGCGGCUCCAGUCAUCACUGACUGCACCUUCAUUUCACUUAUUUGAACUCUCACGAGCCAAUAAGGUCAACAGGGCACGAGGAUGUCCUUUGGAAUAACAAUAAAGACGGAGAGCAAAGCCUCGCAGGGGGGUCUUUCCAUGUCAGAGCUUCCUAACAAAACGCCCUCUCUUUCUCUCUUUUGAAACAUCAAAACCGGCACAGGCGCAUUCCUGUACGCGCGUGACCGAUCUCACUACUCCAACGUGAACGCGGUCAAGUACGGCGGAGUGGGACUCACCGGACAUUUGAAGACUGUAGACUUCAGAUCAAGUCAAAUUUUUCCGACAAGUCUAAUUUUUUUUUUUCAAACAUAGGGCUAUUACAAAAUAGGUGUAAUUCUCAAAAAUCUUUACCAUCAGUGAACAGAUGCUCUCUUCAUCCUAUGUAGUCAAAACCCAUUAAUCAUAUAUCCUAUGAUUCAACAUAAUGAAUAUUAAAAUAUGCUAUGUAUGUAAAUUUUAUCAAUAUAGUACACAUGAAGUUGAUAAAAUAUUAGAUUUUUAUGAAUGUGAUUAUGCUUAUUAUUUACCUCUAAGUCAGUUGUCACGUCUCAAAUGUUGUGGGGAAAUGAUGAACACAGUUUGUGCAUGCAGGAUCUGGAGAUGGGAUCGCCUGACGGCGGGGGGAGCAAACUCCACCCAUCAGAUAGGAUCUCUGGCAGGCGGAGCGGUGGGCAGCCUGUGCCGAAAGGGCUCAGGCUGGUUGGAGGGGACGCUUGACAAGUCCCGCAGAAAACUUGAGAGGGGCAAAGUCCAGCCUGAGUGUGAGGGAGACAGAGUGGAAGUUAAUGUGUGAGAGCGUGCUGGGCACAAAAUCACAUGUCAUUUUAAAGAAAUGCUCCAAAGAUGGCGGUGGUAAUUGCGACUGGAGUUUCUGGUGCCUCCGGAGUGCAAAAAAGUGGAUUUCUGGAGGUUUUGGUGCGGGAGCGGUGGCACAAAGUUUUGGUCAACUUGAACGAGGAAGCGCUCACGUUAAGCUGCGAGGAGAGCUGCGUUAACGACAAUGUCAACUCUAACGGCGUUACCAACGGAUCUUACCUCGACAACAAUAACACCAACUCCAACAACGGCCCCCAAACUGUGCGCACCGCGUUCACGGACCUACCGGAGCGAGUGCCCGAGGCGAUCGCCAACAGAAAGCGGUGCGUCAAGGUGGCCAAGCAGGAGGUCGGGGGACUCGGGAUCAGCAUCAAAGGUGGGAAGGAGAAUAAAAUGCCCAUCCUCAUCAGUAAGAUAUUCAAGGGGCUCGCAGCGGACCAGACCCAGGCUCUGUAUGUCGGGGACGCCAUCCUGUCAGUGAACGGCAUGAACCUGCGGGACGCGACCCAUGACGAAGCUGUGCAAGCGCUGAAACGGGCCGGGAAAGAGGUGACUCUGGAAGUCAAAUACAUGCGCGAGGCAACGCCGUACGUCAGAAAGGGGUCCCCUGUGUCAGAGAUCGGAUGGGAAACCCCACCUCCUGAGUCUCCCCGCCUUGGCAGCACUCCCAUCACCUCCUCUUCUGACCCUCUGAGCUCUCCUCCCCAGCCCUCCCUGUCACUGCAGGGUGACAGGAGGUGCCUACCACUUAAGAUGUGUUAUGUGACCAGAGCCAUGACCACACCAGACCCUGAGAACAGACAACUGGAGCUGCAUUCCCCUGACGCCAGGCACACCGUGGUGCUGCGGUGCCCAGAUCAACCAUCUGCCCUGGCCUGGUUCUCUGCCAUGCACUCUGUCACAUUCACUCUGGCACAGCGGGCACUGGCAGAAGUCAUCCAGAACACAGCCAGGACAGGGGUUGCUGGCAGCAAAGAGAUACGACACCUGGGAUGGCUGGCAGGGAAGACAGAGAGUGAGAAGGAGUGCUGGAAGCCAGUGCUGGUGGUGGUGACAGAGAAAGACCUGCUGCUGUACGACAGUGUACCACGAGGCAAGGAGGCCUGGCAGAGCCCGGCACACACUUAUCCACUACUAGCAACACGUCUGGUCCACUCUGGCCCUGACCGAGGCUCACCUCACUCUGGCACGGAGCUGUUCUUUGCCACUCGGACCGGCACACGCCUCGGCAUCGAGACAUACCUCUUCCGAGCUGAGACCACCAAGGAUCUGUCCCUGUGGACUCGACAUAUAGUCAACGGGUGUCACGCUUCAGCUGAGAUGAUCAAGGAAGUCACUACAAGUUGUCUUUACCGGGGUCAGGAGUGCCGGCUGGUGAUUCACUACGAACAGGGUUUCUCUGUGUUGGCUGAACCCAAACUUGGAGAUGGGGAGAAUGGGGAGGAGAGAGGAACUCACACUCCUACCAGACCACGAGUACUCCUCUCCUACCCCUACGAAAAACUAAAGAUGUCCUCAGAUGAUGGAGUUCGUAUGCUCUUCCUUGACUUUGGAGGGAAAGAGGGGGAGAUUCAACUGGACCUCCACUCGUGUCCGAAGCCAAUUGUCUUCAUCCUCCACUCCUUCCUCUCUGCUAAGAUCUCCCGCCUGGGUCUGGUAGCCUGACAGCCUCUCUGAAGGGACAUUUCACCUGCUUUGAAAACAGAAAUCCACCGUGUUUCUCCACCUCUCUGCAGGCCGCAUGCAGUGCACCUCGUUAAACUCCUAUAGCGGGGGACCCAAGCUGAGCGAAUGUAGCCUCUCUCUGAAAACUACUCCAACUCCAAGUUAAAGAAACACUGGAGAAACCAAUCCAGAUUGGUUUUGCUUUGAGUGGAAUGUGCUCUUGAUGGACAGGUUUUUUAGGUUUUAAACCUUCCCCUUUAAGGGCUGUGAUGACUUAAGUGUUGACUGAGGAACCACAGAAGAAAACAUGGACUGUCACUGGACUUGAAGCAGAGGGAUGGUAUGAUGUAUAUAGAGAAGGACACACUGAAAGAAACAGAUUGGGCAUUACUGUCACGUCCAGGGUUGGAAAGACUGGAUACGUGCAGCAGGGGUUGAGAUGAAUUCACUUUUAAUUCAAUCAAAAUGUAAUGGCAAACUGCCUUCCAUUUACCAAUUAUAUAAUUUAUUCACCAUCAGCUCUGAAAGGACACUCUGUAUUUAACUCUGUCAUUUUUCUUCACCAAAAACUUUAAACAUUUGUCUUUGUUAGUGUCCCCUUGAGAUGUCUUGUUAGUUAUGUCACUAUUCAUCAUUGAAACUGGGAGGCCCGACUGGCCGCACAGUUUCCCACAAUGUGACAGCUGACUCAAAUUCAAAAUGUCACAGUAUUUCUUUAACAGGUUGCAUACAGUAACCAUGUUGUGGUCAUAGUAUUUCAGUGUGCAACUGAGUUGACAGUGAUCCAAUGUCAGCUCUCAUGUCUUGAAUCAUGAAAAACAUUGGCAUCAUUUACAUCAUUUAUAACUUACUCAACCGUUCUAUUUUUUGUUGUCACAUUUGUUUUUCUGAUGCAUUUAACUUCCACAGUAAAACUUAAAAUACAUGCAAGUUCAUGAUUAGGAUAUCAAUAGGUAUUAAUAAUACCACAACUAAAUGAUGAGAUAAUAUUAAGGAUACUUUGGUUAACAUGUUUUGGAUAAUUUUAAGAAAUAAUUGAAGAUUUAUUACAUACAUCAA